CUCAAGUUAACAUUUCAGUUGAAUCGGAGCGCGCGAGCAUGAGCAUCAUCCAGAGAGAGGGCACCGCGGCUCCAAUCUUAAUUUAAGUUGUUAAUUUUCGCGCUCUGUGUCUGUGCUAAAUGACCUUAAGUGAUUCUCGACCUACCUGUACGUAGAAACCCACGAGCUGAGUAAUUCCAGUAGUAACGCGAUCAGUCUCUGGAACGGCGGAGUAUUCUAGUACCUAAUACAUAUACAUAUGUAUCCCUGGAGUGCAAUAAUUUGAGCCGAUGAAAAUCUAUGAAAUGUUUAUAAGUGUUGUUGUCUAUUGGGGAGAAUCAUCGGGUAUCUAUGUGUAAUUCCAACGGUCACGAUUUAUUGACAUGAGCAGUUUACUUAGCAAGUGAAUGAGAGAAGCAAGAGCGAGCUUUCCCACACAAAGAAAUCAAACAGAAAGCUUUGGGCGAACAGCUGUUCCAGUGUACGAACUAAGCUUUGGGGUUUAUUGCUCUCUGAGCAUGUGACAGCCGCCACUGGCUGCACUUUCCAGCCGGAGAGAUAUUUCUCUAUCUCUCCACCACCGCCACCCCCACCCAUCAAAGGUAGCUCCAAUUUUUAUCAGCACGAAGUACGAGUCACACAGAUAAGGAGAAGCCGGCGGGUGUUAAGUCAUUUUCAAAAAUUAUCGCUUCGUUACUUUGCGCAAUCGAAUGGGAAGGGAGAACGCGACGCGUAAUGCAGUGCGUAGUCGAGUCGAACCCCCCUCCGAGCAACAAUCAUGAAUAAGCUACGAUCCCUGCUGCCGGGCCAACAGACGCCCUCACAGGCCUCCUCCCGCCACUCGGUGGCACUAGAGCCGGAGAUUGGCUUUCAGAUCACCAUCGACACCGCUGGCGGCGAGAGUGCUACCAAGAACACAGCGUCAGUGCCAGAACUCAAUGUCCAUCUCAUAGCCGCCCGACAUCUUCCCUCCCUGUUCGGGUUCAAGAUCGUUCAGGGGUAUUUGAUAAAGGUGAAGUUAUUUCCCGGAACGAAGCGCUUGGACAGCAGCAUUCAAACCAACACGUGGCCAAAGUUCAAUGAAAACUUCAAGUUUCCACUGGUUCCAGACAUUAAAUCUUCACUGAAACAUGGCUCCGCACGGGACAUGCUGUCCCGCCGUUCCACCAAUAACCACCAGCAGACAAGCCAAACGAUUCACGUCCCAGAGCCAGACGAACUUUUUGCCGGCCAAUUUGUGGUCUUCACCGUGUACGCUCUCCUGGAACUACCUGCCGCAAGUUUUAAUCGCUUUAACAAGACAUACCGCUCGCUGAAGGAAAGGAGCUCCAAUUUUGUGCAGCGCUUGGUUGACUCAUCGCCGGGUACUCCCAACGAAUCAAAGCCCGAAGCUCUCGGCAAGCCGAACGACGGAAAGACGAAGAAAAAAUCGGAGAACCCAAGGGAUGCCAUGCCACCGUUGACCAUCAGCGAGUCCCGGAGGAACAUAGGUUCCGUCACUUGCUACCUGGAGCCCAAACUUUUUAAGCGGAAUGCACGAACUGGGUGCUAUUCCUCGGAAGAGCUAUGGCUUCCCAUCAAAGAUAUAACGACGACGGUCUCCAAAACAACGUCCAGCAGCAACAACAACAAUAACACUCUUAAUAACUCUCCCAAAGGCGUUGUCGAGCUGGCCCUUGAGGUGCGCGAUCUCGGCGAGGGGGAGCCAACAGAAGGCGGCGGCAUUCCCGAGACGACUCCGACGCCAACUCCUGCACCAGGACCUGCAUCGAACAAUUGGCAACGAAUGACCGCCGAGGUGAAGCGGAAGAUGGGCAUGAGCAAUGCCAGCCAUAUCGAGUCCGGCAGAUACGUUCUGCGCGUGACGACCACGCGCAUGCGCUGCUCCAACAAAGUCAAGGAUGAGCUGGAGGCCACGGCCAGUGCUGGAGUCUACGUGAAGACCACUGCCUUUGAGCAUGGCAUCUACAUAGAUGCCUGGAAGUCGCCCAACUUCUUCCCGUCGCUCUCUACCAAAUGGGACGAUGGUACGGACGCCAAUGAGGGAACAAUAACCAUCCCGCUCCGCAGUCUGGAGCAGCUGGACAACAUUGUCGUACGGGUAACGCUGGCCACCAAGAAGAUGGGCAAGAAACUGGUUCUGGGCACAGUUCUGAUCGGGGGCGAUCGUGCUGGGGACACGGGCUCGGAGCAGAUGCGUCUUAUCCGGGAGACUCCACCCGGCGAGCGGGUGGCUGCAUGGCACUGCUAUCAAUAGUGACGCUCCAGCUACAGCUCCAGCUCCAGCCC